AUGACUACCACACCUCGUACUAGGUCGAAGACCAAGGAAACACGAACAGUUUCUGAAGCUUCACUGAUAACCCCUGCCAGAUCAACAACACCAGAAUCACCCAUUGCAGCACCUAUAAAAGCCAAGCCUAAAUCUAGCCCGGUAUUCCUACCUACACCACUUGAGACGAAGCGUAAAACGACAUGCCGCGAUAGCCCGGUCCCGCUCAAGCUGAGAAAAACAACCUCAACUUCCAGGGCCGUGACUCGCCCUGAAACUCUCAACUGGUUAGCAGUCAUUGAGGACGAGGAUUAUGAACCUCCUCAGUCUCCAACUCCUGUCGGUUCAGGUGCUAUCGAGGAGGACGAGACCAGCGAAAAUGAGGAAGAGAAGGUGUCUAAGCUUGGACCUAAGUCGUUCCAAUGCGAAAGUUUUACAAAAAGCUGGGAAGAGAUCGGACAGCAACGAGACUUUGAGUUCUUCCAGGCCUAUCCUCACGAUGAGUUCUCAACCCUCUGCGUGGAGCAUUUCAUGCAACUUGCAGAGAGCUGGUGCUCUCGGCGCAAAUCCAUGGUCAACCAUCAGGUUCAGAAGAUUGUCAGGGCUGGCUUGACUCAUAAGCCUGACUUUCCAAAACUGGCCCUUCCUGUUUGUGAUGAGACCUGGACUGUCAAGAGUCUUCAGGACUUCAAAGUCGAGUUACACAAGGGGAUCAGCGAUGCCAGUGAUCGGGUAAAGCUCAACCAUAUACAAACCCUUGAGGCUACCGGAGAGCGACCCAUCUGUGAGCUUGGAAACCAGGACCGCCCUCUGAAGUGCUCAUUAUGUACCAACUAUGAGUUGCCAUGUAAGGGUAAGUACAUCGAGGUUGACAAGGCACAUUGUCGUAUGGAUAUUCCACCCUACGUCCUAAACCCAUUUUAUACCACCUUGGAGAAGGCUUCCAGACCCGUUCCCGACUGUUGCCACCCAAAGGCUCUCACAAUCCUCAUGGGUGACAAAGGCAAAGACUAUAUGGAGUGCGAGAAAUGUUGUUACAGUCAGGCACUCCCUCAGCAUCCCCUUCAGAGGCCAAAGGAAUAUGCAAUCAAAGUAGCUGGAAUUCGUAUCCCAGUCAAAGUCCGUCCCGAGCGUCUUUGUCUCAACAGCAAACUCGGACAUGUCGAUGUCGGUGGCAUUCAUAUCAUUGUCGACCACUGUGUUGGUGGGCCAAUGAUCAAAUUUCGGUCAACUCACUUCUCGAAGGCUCAUGAGAUGCAUGCCUUGGACUUCCACCUGGAGGGCGAGAUCAAUAUAGCUGAGUUUGAGCUGCCUGAGGAGCACACAUACGAUCAUCAUGAGUCCUGCGAGGUGGAAGCUGAGUUCAACGAGCUAUACUGGCAAGAGGGUGCUUUCAACGCAAUUACCCAUUGUUCUAACCUAUUUGAUAACUGUUCGUGUCAUUAA